AUGGCUUUUAGAUUGUUGACCAAGGGCGCUGCUGAUCCCAAGCAAAAGGCUACUAGUAUUAUUGACUCUCUUCCUGGUAACUCUUUUGUCUCCAAGACUGGUUACAUCACCCUUGGUACUGGUUUGGCCACUUUCCUUGUAUCCAAAGAAAUUUAUGUUUUCAAUGAAGAAACUUUGGUAUUGUUUGCUGCUGGUAGUCUUUUGGGUGUUUUGCUCAAGUAUCUUCGCGAACCUCUCACCAACUCUAGCAAUGAACAUAUCAACCGUAUCAAAACCGUAUUGAACGAAGCUCGUGAUGAUCACAAAGCUGCUGUACAAGAACGUAUUGAUCAAGUUGGUCAAAUGAAGGAUCUUGUGGAUGUUACCAAGGCUCUUUUCGAAAUCUCUCGUGAAACUGCUCGAUUGGAAGCCGAAGCCUUCAAACUUAAGCAACAAGUGGCUGUCGCUCAAGAAGUUAAGUCUACUCUCGAUUCCUGGGUUCGUCAUGAAGCUAAUAUCCGUGAACGUGAACAAAAGCAAUUGGCUGCUUACUUGAUCGAAAAGAUUCAAAAGGAUUUGAAGGAUCCCAAGAUUCAACAACAAAUUUUGGAUCAAGCUGUUGUGGAUGUUCAAAUUGUGGCUCAUUCAUGA